AUGACAAGCAGCGAUAUAGUUUGCAACAAGAUCCACUUCAGACAUGACCCAAAGUGGAGUAGGCGCCUUGGGCCUGUGGAGGGAGGCGGGCUGCUGCUCUGUGUGGCCUGCCUCAUUGAAAUGAUUGACGAUGAAGACAUAGCAUCUGUGAGGAAGUCUUUUGCCUUGUCCAGUGUAAGUGGAGUGCUGAAGUGUUCUCCGGGGGCUUUGAGAGAGCUGCUCCAACAGGACCACAGAGUCUGUCUGCAUUUUACAGCCAAACUAUUGGGGAUGCUUCAAACUGCAGAGGACCCUGUCACUCUGGAGAAGGUUGACCAAGUGCUGGUUCAGCUACUCCUGGAGCUCCAGAGCGAGCUGUCAUUUCGCUUCGUUUUGGAUGAGAUACACAAACAGCUUAGUGAGCAGCUCAGUGUGAAGCAUUUCCUGCCUACAUUCAGCUUCUUGGGUAACCUAAUAAAAGCUGCUCCUACUGUGUCCCAGAGCCUUGUGACUCAUUAUGUGCCCCUGUUAGACCGCCUGUGCUCAGCGCUGCUUUUCCCAGACGAAGCACUGAAGGGUGCAGUGGUGUAUGUGUGGCUCCAACUGCUUGGAGCUCCUGGGGGCUCAGCAGCCCAGUCCUUGCCUUCUGCUGUUAGGGACAGAGUGUGUAAUGUGUUGCUGAAAACAUUAGCCAAUGCCAGCUCCCCACAGCUCCUCAGAUAUUGUGUCGGCCUGCUGUCACAGCUUGUGCAUCUGGCUGAUGCUGUGUCAGUUCUGAUGAACAGCCUGAGCUGUCAGGUCAUGUGCGAUGAGAACGAGGACAUCCUCGCCAACAACAGCCAGAGCCUCAGCCAAAACCAAGACCAACAGCCCCCUGACCACUGCCUUCUGCCUCUCAUACUGAAAAAGUUGCUUCUGAGUGGCGAUGAGAACUUGCAGGUGACCAGUGCAAAGUGUAUUGCAUCUGUUCUCGUUCAUUCCCCCAGUCAGUACAGUGCUCCCUUCAUCAACGCUGACGUACCUGAGUUUCUGUUUGACCGUCUGGCCUGUAGUAGCAACGAGGUGCUGCUGUGGUCUGCCUACAGCUGCUUGCUGCUACUAACUGAGGAGCCCCUCUUUUUCUCCCAGUGUCACUCCGUUUACGGUAUGGAGUCCUUGGUGCGCAGUCUGAAGGAGUCUUUGCAGCUGACCAACCUGGAAGUGCCAAAACAAGGGUUGCUGCUCCUCAGAGAAAUACUGGAGAGACAACCUGCAAGUGUGCGUCUGUUCCCCAGUGGCGCAGGGUUUGUGGCAGUUUCAGAGGUCCUGGUUGGUGGAGUCUCCUCCUCCUGCCUGCUGGUAGCCACACAGGCAGCCAGCGUUACCUCUGCCUUGUUCAGACUCGACCACCAGUCCAGACCAGUCCAGUACGAGGCAAUAAUCAAGUUGAUAGAGGCCAUCACCAACAGAUUUGUCAACCUAACGCUGCCCUCCCCCACUGCAAAGAGAUCUGUCUCGUCUGGGAGAAUGAAGAGGUCAGAUCCCAGCAGCCAGGCUUUGAGGUCUGAAAGAUUUCUGCUCCAGGCCCUGGUCUGUUUUCAGUCUGCCUGCAGGUUGGCUGAGGAGUGUGCAUCAGACCCUGUUUUGAAGGAGAACACAUUUACAGCUCCAUACAAGCACAGCGGUGCUCAGGACUCUCUAGAGUCUCUGUGUCAAUGCCUGCUCCGCUGCUGUGACGCUGUCUGGAUACCCACUGUUAUAAGGAUGUGUGAGCGUGCACCCAGUGCCCCCAUACUGCAGAACUUCUACUCUAUCCUAUCUUCCCAGUUCAUCCUGCUUCCAACUCUCAUGCCUGCUUUUGCAAAUAAACUCGCGUCCUCUGGUUUCUACAGACUGGCUGUGGAACACAAAGGCCUCCUCUGUGCAGGAAACAGGAGCCCAAAUCUGAAUGCAUCUUGCUGUGGUUUUCUACAGAAACUCAGUAUGUGUCUUCUCUCCCAGUCAGACCUUCCUUCUGGCUCCCACCAGCACGAUCUGAAGGAGGUGGAAAAUCUACUGCUGCACAACCUUCCCUCUUUGUGUUAUCGCCUGUCAGAGUGGCCCUCUGUGCUGUGUGAAUAUCAAGGACCACAGGCUCCGAAAUACUGCCUGGUGAUAAUGCUGCACCUCGCCCUGCAGCAAGGAGACAGGCUCCUCCCUGACCAGAUAGUCUUCUCCAAUGUUGUGUGGCUGUUGCGUUCUGUGCAGGAGCAGGGCUGUGUCCUGCCUCACUCUGUGCUCCGCUCUGCCCUCUACCUGCUGGCACUGACACAGGACAAGAGCCCCUCACUCGAUGGGGCUUCUUUGAAUUGCAUCAGCAAGGCACUCUCCUCCUGCCAAAGCUUCUCUUCGCUCUACUUUCACCAUCCUGCGCUGAUCCACUUCAUGUGUCGAUACCCAGAGCUGGCAGAGAAAUUUGCUGCCCUGGUCUUGGAGCUGUGGUUGACCAAGGAACAGGACACAAACACAGGGCCUACCCCGGUAAUGAGACAUCUGCUUAAACUAGUUGAUGAAAAGGUGGCUGGGUUUCAUCUGUGCUUACAGCCAGACACACAGGAGGAGAAAGAAAGCCGUGCAGAUGAGAGGUCGGAUCAGAAGACAGACACAGAAACCAUGGAGCUGCUGUCUGUGAUGGAGAAGUACCCAGCUGUCAUACUGACCCUCCUGGACAUGGUUUGCACCAGAGAGGCUCCUCUAGCUGAGCGAGUGUUGGGUGUACUAGAAGUUCUUCUGGGAGGUCAAAGAGACUACAACAUAAACCUGUGUACAAAGCUAAGACCAGCCUUGCUCCAGGCCCUACAGCGGGUCAGCGUGGUGAACACAGACCAUGGGUUUGAACAGGAAUACUCUGCACAGGCAGUGAACUCACUCCCUCUGGUGCUGAAGCUGCUUUGUGUGACGCAGGCCAGUGAUCCACCUUCAUCUCCCCAUUACAAUAAUAUGGAAGGAGUGCACUUCAAACUGCUAUACCAUGUGAGUAACAUAGCAGGGAGGUUGAAGCCUACAAAAACAGAGAGCCUGCUGCCUGCCAUCAGCUACCUGUACUGCUGCCUGAGCCUGUCCCCUGCACACUGCACUGACAGAGCUGUCUCCAUGCUGCUCUCCAACAGCGGGCUGAUGGACCAGCUGCAGACAGUCUUCUCCUCCUCCUCCUCUUCUUCCUCUGCCCCAUCCCUCUCUCCAUCAGCCUGUCCUCCUUUGGCCCUGCUGUGCUGCUGCCAUCUACUCCUGUCCUCCCUCAUUACCUUGCAGCAUGUUCACUCCACUGAGGUCCGUAAGAGCAUCACUUGGAGUCUGGACACAGCUGUGCAGCGACUCCUUACUCAGAAGAGAAACACAGACAGUCUCCUGCUGAUCAGCUACCUCAGGCUGCUGCAGGCUCUGCUUGAUACUGACCUGGCAUCGGAAGUUGUGUGUCUGACUUCUGGUCCUGGCUUGGUUGGGCUCAGACCUCUUGGGGUUGAAGAUGGUGCUUUGUACCCACUUGGCUCCAGAGGGGCGCAGUGCCUUUCAAUUGCUCUCAGUGGACUCCUUCUGCAGAAGCACGAGUUGCUGUUGCGAGCCUCAGUCAACUGUCUGAGCUCCCUGCUGGGCUUCCUUCAGAGAAAGAGUCCCGCUACAGCCAAGCAUGUGGUGUGUCAGCCAUGGAGUCGAUUCCUCCUCCACAGCCUGCUCAGCUCAGGAAAGAGCUGCCUUCUGCACCCUGCCAUUCUCAGAUUCAUCAUACUUCUGCUGCAGGACAGCGGGACACCAGUGCUGCGGGAGCCUGACCUGCUCCAGGUGAUGGAGGCAGUGGAGAGGAGGGGGGUGAAGGAGCUCAGCAAGGAAGCAGAACAGGCCCUGAGGCUGCUGCUGACACAGAUCCAGAGCAGAGACCUUCUACCCAGAGAGGAACACAAGCAGAAAGUGAAGAACAUGAUAGAGGAACUCGGAGAGCCCGAUGAGAGCUGCAGACGCAGUCAGUCCCACAAUGUCCUACAUGUUGGAGACGUGCCCCUCUGCCUGUCUGACUUUGUGCUUUAGACAGGACAUCGAUUUUGAAAGUUCUUCACCUUGCUCAUUUGUUGCUCCCGUUUGUUUGACUGUUUCUGUUGUGCUCCUAAAACAAUACAACCUGUAGUUUCACAGCAUCCUAGCAAUCUGACUGACUGCAUGCAUUUGUUCAUAGAAGGUAGUUCAUAUUUGCAGCAGUGUUAAAG